AGGACGUCCCCCCUGCUGAACAAGUCCUAAGAAGCUUAGUGAAGUUGUCCAGCUCCUGGUGGCUCCUCGUCUUCUCCUCCUUGUCUCCUGGAAGCUGUGCGGUCAUGGCGGGCGUCUUUCUCCUCCUCAGAGUCCUCCUGCUGCUCCUCGGAGGGUCUCUCCUCCUCAUCGGGGUCCCUGCUCAGAGGAUCAGAGCUCGUCGUCAGAACAUGAAGGUCCGGAUCAACGCCACCGGCGACACCAUCGUCAUGAAGUUCGUGCGCUCGAGUCCGGACGUGAAGCUGGAGGGAUACAUCCUGGGAUACGGCAGCAGCAUGUUCUCCAAACAGUUCAUCCAGCUGCCUGAGAACGGACAGCCGUACCAAACCGAGCUGGACGCAGAGCCCAAGUACCUGGUGGCGGUGCAGCCGAUCCCAGCCAACGAUGUGAAGAAACAGUGCACAGGUAAAGUGAACCUGGAGAAGCCGCUCCACCUGGUGAUCGGCUCCGUCAGCCCCACGGCAGUGCUGCUGUCCUGGGGAAACCACCUGAAGACGCCCUACGAAGGGAACGUCAUGAACGAGUGUCUGGAGGAUGGGUUUUACACAAUCCGCUACAGAGAGAGGAACAGGAAGUGGAUCUACCAGACGUGUCCAACCAGUGACACGGUGGUGGAUAACCUGAAGCCCAACACCCCAUAUGAGUUUGGUGUUCGCUCCAAUAAGGACAACCGGAGCGGCAUGUGGAGCAAACCGGUCAUCCACAACACCAACACGGAUAAAAACGCUCAGCAGCCGUACAAGCAGCACCAUUCUCUAUCAAAGACGAUGAAACCACGGCCCUUCCUCCCUGUUCGCCCUGCUCUGCACAACAGCACAAGACCUCAACACUCCUCUUUGACCAAAUUCCCUGGUUUCCCAGGCUCUCCACGCACCUCAUUUGAGUCGCCUGAGAGCCAGCAGGAAACUCUCCCUCUGCCGGGCUCUGAGCCCAAACUUACCUCCGAGUCGCCUGGAAACACUUUUAGGACCAACAGAACCCGACUGGCAGAUCGUCUGACUCCUGCCAUCCCCAAACUCCAGCCCACCACCUCUGCCACUACCACCACAACCACCACAACAACAACCAUCACCACCACCACCUCUCUAAUCAGCACCACUUCCUCCCCCACCACUAUAUUAUCUUCCAAUGGUGGCUCACUUCCUGGGCAGAGCACUAAGGCCUCUCCCACUCGUGCGCCCGAGAAGCGUCCCAAUCCUGCGGCUGUCCUCAGAUCACAAGAUGGCUCCUCGCUGCUCAGAUCAGCACUAGCCAAUGAGAGAGCCAAAGCUAACACUUGGGGUCCAAGCAGCAACAGAAACAUGAACCCUUCACUGCCUUUGAAACCCUACAGCCCAGCAGCGUCCUCAGUGUCCAGAUCUAUGAGGCCUGGAUCGAGAAACCCCCUCUAUCCAUUCUCUAACGGCUUCAGACAAACCCACUCAUCCUCUAGUUCCAGUAACUCGUUCCCGUCCUCAGGGAUACUUGGGGUAAAUGGACAGCCACACCGGGGCCUUUCCCCACCCAAACCGGCCUUAUGGUUCAGAACUCGACUGGGAUCCCCGGCCCGUCCUGUGGUCAACAUGAAGCCGAACGAUGUACGAAAGCUUGGAGAGACCGACAAGUUGAAUCGCAUUGAAAAGAAUGGAAAAUCAGAUUUCCUUCCUCGUAAAAUCCCAGCAGCAACCGCCAAGCCGACCAAACAGGAGCGAAGAAAGACCACAACCAUAGCUCCGACGGCUGCCGUGACCCAACAAGAAACCUGGGAGAAAUCGGAACUAUUCCAGGCACAGCCCAGCUCUGAUGUUGACGCUCUGGGAAAUAAACGUUUUGUGGCGCCACAUGUCGUCUACCAAACUGGUAAGAAGCCCGACGAGCCCUGCUCCAUCACCUCCUCUCUCACGUAUUUUCCCGAAGACCAACGCGGAGAGAAAAGCGUGACAUCUCCUCCCAAGAGUCCACCGUCCAACCUCACCGUGGUGACGGUAGAAGGAUGUCCGUCCUUCAUCAUCCUGGACUGGGAGAAAGCAGACAAAGACACCACCGAAUAUGAAGUCAUCUCCACAGCAAAAGGGCCUGAUGGAGAACGAGUGUCUGUCUUGACCACUGAUCAGACGCACACCGCUGUGGAAAACCUCAAUCCUGAGAGCAGUUAUGAGUUUAAGGUGAAGCCAAAGAACGAGCUGGGAGAAGGUCCUCCGAGUGAACCGGUCUCCUUCAACACAGAGUCCGCGGACCCGCGUGUUAGCGAGAACGUUUCAGGAAAAGACGCCAUCUGGACCCAGUUCCCCUUUAAGACCGACUCGUACUCGGACUGUGACGGCAAGCAGUACGUCAAACGGACGUGGUACCGCAAGUUUGUUGGUGUCCAGUUGUGCAACUCGCUCAGGUACAAAAUCUAUCUGAGUGACUCGCUCACCGGGAAGUUCUACAACAUCGGAGACCAGAGCGGCUUCGGCGAGGACCACUGUCAGUUUGUGGAUUCGUUCCUGGAUGGACGAACAGGCCGGCAGCUCAGAUCCUACCAGCUCCCCUCCAGAACCGGGUUCUACAGAGCUCUCCGUCAGGAACCGGUCCACUUUGGACAGAUAGGAGGACAUUCCCACGUCAACUACGUCUCCUGGUAUGAGUGUGGAACGCCCAUCCCGGGGAAAUGGUAGACAGUUAAAGCUCAACGGUCGCCUUUCUGAAUGAAGAGACUCAUCGCCUCCGCUGGGAGGUGCAGGGGGUUCAAAUCCUCCUCAGGCCGGAUCCGUUUCAUCACUUGGUGCUGAAAGAACAUGUACAGGACUUCCAGGUCAGGGAAUCGUAAGGAGAGAGCAGUUUUUAUAGCAGACGUGCCUCAUCUUUACUAUUUAUCGAACAGCAGCGCUACAGAGACGUU